UUACAGCUACAUAAUUGGUGUUUCCACUUUAAAUCAGCAGUUUUAUUUUGAAGGAGUGGACCGGAUCUUCGUUGUAAACCUCGGGUGUACCUGACUUUGAUGUGUGAGGGGGGGGUGGGGGGCUGUGGCGCUCGCGCCUCCUUAUCAGACACCUUGUAGACGAGAAGACAAGCGCGCGCGCACGACCUCACGUGCGAAGGUAAGACAGAAAAAAAAAAAAAAAAAAAAAAGAUGCAGUUGAAUAAUUGGACGAUGCUCACGAGUCUGGAGCCGCGUGUGGUCUGUCAACAUUAAUCCGGGAGAAAAGAGCAGAAGGAGCCAUGAAGAAACACCUGAGCCCGGCCAAGCAGCAGCAGCCGCAGCCGCAGCAGCAGCACCAGCCGCCGGCUGACGUCCCGGCUCCGGGCGGCGAGGUGACCGUCCAACAACUCAACGAGCUGCUGUCCAACGGCAGCGGCUUCUACAGCCUGCCCACACAGCACUUCAACGAGGUCUACCCGAGGAUAUACAUCGGCAACGCGUUCGUAGCCCAGAAUGCAAUGCGUCUGCAGAAACUCGGAGUGACGCACGUCCUCAACGUGGCGGAGGGAACCUCCUUCAUGCACGUCAACACCAGCGUGGAGUUCUACGCCGGCACGGGCAUCACGUACCACGGCAUCCAGGCCAACGACACCGAGCAGUUCAACCUCUGUGCCUUCUUUGAGGAGGGGGCUGACUUCAUCGACAAGGCUCUCGCACACAACAAUGGCAAAGGGAAGGUGUACGUACACUGCAGAGAAGGCUACAGUCGCUCUCCCACCAUGGUCGUCGCUUACCUCAUGCUGCGCCACAGAAUGGACGCCCGGCUGGCGGUGGCCACCGUGAGGCACAAGAGAGAGAUCGGCCCCAACGACGGCUUCCUUCGCCAACUGUGCCAACUCAACGAGAAGCUGGCGAAGGAGGGCAAGCUGAACGGGGAGGUGGGCAAACUAAAGACCAAAUGAGAGCGAGAACGCGAAGAGACCCUCUGCCCUGUCUCCUCCCAUCAUGCCUUUCACAGACUGACCCCCACCCUGACCAAACCAGCACCCAUCCGACACCCCAGGGGUAUUCUGAAACACAAACAUACAUGCAUUUAUCCGUGUAGAUAAUUAAUCCUCAUGCACACACACACACACACACACACACACACACGAUCACAUGCUCUUUUCUUUUGAAUCCACGUCUGUCACUGCUGCUCUGGAGGUGGACGCCUUGUCAGUCCUCUUCCCGCUCCUUCAAAGAGUGUGAUCUCGAAUACUAAAUCCAAACAUCGCCAACUCGCUUUGUUUUUAAACUCCACGACACACACACACACACACACACACACACGUGCAGACGUCUCGCUCUAACUUAAAGCAUUCCUUUCGAUUCCCGCAAAGUUUAGACGGUGGAAAACUUCACCCCUGAUUUUUAAAAAGAUUUAAAAGAAGACAGAUGAUAGCACAAUCAUUCCACAGUUUUCUCACUGCCGGGAAUGUCAGUGACGUCUCCGCCAGCAGGAGUGCUCUAUAAAUUCCAGACGAACUCUUAGAUAUUUAAAAAAAUAAAAAUAAGUCGCAGGAAGUGAAAAUCCCAAACAUUCCAUGGAAAAAAAAAAAGCCCCUCGAGUCGAUCCAUCCUUUAAAUAAAAGAAAUCUUUAAUUCUCUUCUGCCUGUAGAGGCAGAGAUAUAUUUAAUGCACAAACACACAAAUGAUUCACACUCUUAAUGCAAGCCGUAGCUCUAUGUAGCAUUUCAGUCGGCGUCCUCGACUCUCCGGCCUCUAGUUUGACGGCGGCGGAUUUAAAUUUGUCGGUUCAGUAUCACUAAAGAGGAAGCAUCAAAAAUAAAUCUGACGUUAUUUUAGUUUAAGUCGGUAUCUCGACUGGACGUCCUCUUUGUUUACUGUGUAUUUCAGCAGCAGAUGAGCAGAACGAGACUGCACGAUCGCUGACUUCCGUCGUCUGGACAGAUUGAGGUUUACACUUGAUGAACAGACUCAGUCCGACACAAUCUGCUGGUUCAGUUUGUGCGUUAAAGGAAGUUCUUUGGACGGACAGAUCGAUGUCUACACAGGCUGCGUCACGGCUCCGGUUUCACCACGCGCUACAUGCGAGUGUAUUUUUACACCUCAGAUCUAUUUUCUUCCAUUUUAUACGUGUUACUACAUUGAUUGUGUGCAGGUGACCUACUGUACCUGAACGCAUCCUGUGUAGACACAAUGAGCACCAAGUCAGCUCAUUUUGAAAAUGCUGUUUACAUCCAUGCUGGUCACCAAUCGCAGCUUCGUAACUUUGACGAUUUGAUGCUCUCUGUCGUACAAACUCAAUGUCUUUGGGUUUCAUCACUUAUUUUUUACUGUUUCCAAUUCUACAGCUCAGUUUUCCAUUGAUGCUGAGCCUUAGUUAUCAGAUUUAUCUACUCUGAAAAGCUCCGUUUUCCUGAAACGUUGGGCUUCAGUUUUAAGGUUCUUCACUCCUUCUCCGAAAAAUUACGUUGUACGAAAAUGUUUAGCGUCGGAAAAUUCUGUAAAAAAACGUCAAAUCUCCAGAUUUAUCCACUCUGCAGACCUUUUCCCAAGAGCUCAGUGUUCUGGAUGGCCGGGUCACAUUUUGAAGGUCUAUCUGCUCUGGAGACCUUCUCCGAAACAGUUAGUUUCCCAUAACGCCGUGCCGCAAUGUACAGAUUCAUUCAAAAGGGAGACCUCUUCCAAAAAGCUCAGUUUCUCCUGAAAUGCCGGUCCACGAUAUCCAGAUUCAUCGACACUGGAGACCUUUUCCGAAAAGUUAUCAGAUUUUGUGUGAGAACUUCAGAAGCUGCAAGAUGCAUUUUAAAAUGUAGCUGGUUUAGAGUUGGAGGCACUUUGAGCUUCUUAAAUCAAGAGAUUAACAGAUUUGUUUAAUAUUAAUUCAUGUUUUUAGCAGAAUAUCCAUAACAGACCAACGAGAAUGCUCCAGAAUCAGCGAGAUAGAAGCUGAUUUUUGACGGUUUACCACCUUCAAACUAGAGGCCGAGUUUCAACAGUGACGGAUGCCACCCACUUCCAACAGAAAGUUCCAGUCAUCACGCCAGAGAGUUGUCCACUGCCAAUUCCCUGACACAGUCAUUCGGCCGGUAUCCAGUUCCACUGUUUUCAUCAACACAGUUUGUCAGAGGUCCAUGCACAACAUGUCACUCGUCUCACUCCUGAGUGUGUGUGUCUUUACGCACACACACGGGGUCAAAUCACGAAGCCUUUUUUGGUUGUAUGUACUAAAAGCAUUGCAAUAUAUGUCAAUACCCCAUCAGAUAUAUAGAAUGUAAUCACAUCUUAAUAUGACUAUUCAGGCUGUAGUUGUUACAUAUAGGCAACAGUAGAUCAACAGUACAUUUAUUUAUUACUGGGCAUAAUACUGUAAACUAGACCGACCUAGUGCCAGGAAGGAAAGAAGGAGCGGAGAGUGUUUUUAAAACCUGCAGCAGGUCACUCCUCCUCGAGCGGGAGUUGUUUUUCCCCAUGAAAAGUGUGAGCGUGACGGAGCGUAGGCGGUUUGAGCUGGACGACCACCAGCGUCGCUUCAACGUUGCGUUGGUAGUCACGUGUCACGAGAGGAUAGUCGUCUCGGUAAACUAGGUUGUCUCACCUCAUUAAUGGCACUAUUUAUUCCUCCUUUGAUAUAUCUGUAUACAUAUGAAUAUAUACAUGUAUACUGUAUAUACAUAUUUAAGUGUUGACAUAUAUGAAUGUAUGAGCAAUGUGUCUAUAACGUGUAGGUAUCGUCAGUAUGUCUUAUAUAUCAUGUUAUAUUUGUAUAUGCUCCUCCAUUCUUUCUGUUCACGGUUGACUACAUGUACAUUAAUGUUCACAUAUAUAAUGUACAUGUACAGUGUUGUGUGUGAUUGUGAUGUUUCUUAUCACAAUUGUGCAGAAGUUGCUUAUGACAGCAGGGUUUUUUUUUUUUCAAGCUCAGCUGGGACGCCGAGGCAUGCGAUCAUCGUGUUUACUAGUGUUUCUGUACAGAUUUAAGUUCCCAUGGUAGUUUUUAAUCCUCAUACAGCAAGAUGCAGGUGGCAGCAUAAGACGGAUACGUGGAUUAUCCUGCAUAUACGACCUCGCCACGUCACCACGUCCAACUCAUCCCAUCACCCGUUCAUUCGGCGCUACAGCUCGUUAGACGAGAAUGAAUCGAUUCUCCGGGCUGAACUUUUCCAUUUCAGUGCAACGUUUUUCAGCUGCAAGGCUGCAACUCAAGGCUGCAGACUGUCCACAAGGUAGAGCUGUUCAGUCAGUGUUGGGUCAGACUUUAGUCCGUUUUGAGAUUGAUUAGUUUAAUUUAUAAAGAAUUCAUGGCUCAGUCCCAUCAGGCAUGGCUAGAGUUCCAGAUGUGCGAAGAAGAUGUUUGAAAGAAAGACUUUCGAUCAUAAAAAAACAGCCUCUGUAGCUCACUUCAGACAGGAUCCGGCGCCAGUUUUCCCAUUCAUUUAAGUCAGGGUCGUGCCUUGGUGCAGGCUGCCCAAAAAACACAGUCCAACAUCACGCUGUGGCCGUUCAGAUGGGUCAGACCUCCACAGCCAGCCUUGAAAUGUCUCUGAAAUGCUGGAUCAGCAGCACUGAAUCCUGUCUGAAUGUGUAGAGGCACAUAAAUCGAGGAAAAUGACCAAAUCUGAGCAAGUUAACAAAGUCUGGAAGGUUCCUGGUUGAGUUUGAGACAGAGACAGUGACGUGACUGGUGGAGUUUUUAUGUAAAAACUAAAUUUUAAUAUAUUUUUCCUGAUUUUUAGGUCCAUUAGGUGGCAAAUCUGACGACUUCACUGUCAAACAGACAUGGAAGUUGAGAAAAGAGCAGAAGUGAGUAGUCUGUUUGUCAAUUAACAGAAGAUUAACUGUCUAUUCUCCUGUGUGCAGAUGUCUCAAAACAUCACCUUUAGUUGUCAGAUGAGUCGAUAAUAAAAAUAAUAAUUAUUCCCUUUGGAAGAAAUCCAGCCAAAUGUGUCUAUAACGAUCAGUGGGAAAACGUUCUGCAGACUCGACUUUAAAUAAACAGCCAGCAGUCUGAUCUCAUAAAAUCCAAUCUUUAAAUAAAAUCUGAAAAACAUGCAUUGAAAUGUCAAAGUGUCGCCGUAGCCUCUGACUCAUUAUUGGCCGGCAGGACUCCGUCAGAGGAGGUAAUAUUAUCACAGGGAGUUAGAACCGAGUGCAAACUGUCUCACUUUGAGUGAGAACAUGAGCGCAGUUGUGAUGCCUCUCACGGGAGGACAUCUCGAAGGUUGCGUUGAUUCUGGCUCCCAGCGAUGGUCUCGGGUUCAGGUCAUUCCCGGCUCCCGGCUCCCCCCGUCAUCAUCUCAUACGCUUGAAAAUGUUUCAGAUCUGUGCUCGAGAAAUCUUUUUCAAGCAGCGCAUGUGUCACCUCCUCAACAUGAACCCCAAACCACACAACAAUGAAGUUCGCCCUGUUCAGUGGAGGAUAUAACCACAGGCAGAGAGAAACACUUACCUCUGUGCCCAAACUUCACACCUGAUACAUCAAGAUUGUCUGUGCCAAGAAGUGACCUCCUGUACUGUACAAAAGCCUUUUCUAAACGUUCACGAUUGGCUUGUUUGUCGCUCACAUGGACUGGGGUUUCACUCAUCUGCUCUACGAUACUGCCCUCCUUCUGAAUACACAAAAACUCUACACGGUUUGGUAUUUCUUGUUGAGUUUACAUGCAUUACAUGUCUUUAAAUUUGGGAAUUAUUGGGGUUUAAAUUCUUCUAAAAUCGGUCCAGGAUGAGGGUACGUACUUUAUAGCAUCAACUGCCUACACCGACCUGCUUCUUGACUCAAUCAUCGACAGUCGUGGCUCCCGAGAUCGGGUCCGAUAAACCGAAGCCGAACUAGCCAUGGUGGAAGUUUUCCAUUCACAUUUUUGUAGCCACUCGAAAAUUAAAACGAAUCUUCCCGAAGCCGAGACGUAAAGAAAAGCUUCUACGAUGGCUACGCUGCCGGCGCUGUCACAGAUAAACACUGCCACCUGCUGUUCAACCAAUCAAAUCGAGUUAUUUUUUAAUGGUGUUUGUAGCUCAUGACAUCGUGACCACAGAUUUUGUUCCCAAAUGUGAAACCCUGUAACGUCAAGACUUCCUUUGUUUCGUUUCAACAAGGUACCAGCAUCAUUUUGUGGGUUAUACUCCAGGUACGUUAUGUAUUAUCGAGAAUGUCAAAUGUGAAAUGCCAUUAAUGUAUAUUGUUAUAUAUCCUGAGUAUGUAACACGCACUACGGCAGUUGUGAAUUGCUGCAUUUUACUGUCUUAACUGGCCUACUAUAUAGAUAGGACAUUGUUUGAUAUUGGAUCUAGUGAGUUGAAAUUGCAGAUAAAAACAUUGUUUCUGAUUAAUUUUCUCCUCAAAGUUGAUUUAUUUAAAUUUGUCCAAUUACAAGGACCUUUUAAGUUAAUUAUUAUUUUUUUUUUGCUUUUGCUAAUAAAGAUUGUGUUUGUACAGUAGGAAACUCUUGAAAGUGAGAUUGUGACCUACUUCUCCGACGUCGCCGUUAAAGGUCCGGUGUGUGAGAUUUUAGUGACAUCUAGUGGUGUAGUUGCUGUUAGCCUCAUCCACUCUCCUUGUGGGCUUAAAGGAGAAAGUACGGCGGGUGUGAAACAUGCGGAAAAUGCAAAUAUCUACACAGGUUUGGACGAUCUUGUUGAGUUUUAAAGGCGGUGUAUGUCUUUAAAUUUGGGGGAUUAUCAGUCCAGGAUGGGGGUACGUACUUUAUAGCAUCACCUGCCUACACUGAUCAGUCACUGACAGUUGUGACUCCCGAGAUCGGGUCCAAUAAAAACACAAGAAAAUGCGAAUAUCUAGAGUCAGUGUUUGUCCGUCUCAUUCUAAGGUAACAUAAUUAUUCUGUUCUAUAAAUCUGACACACUGGACCUUUAAGCUAAAUACAGUACAGCCAUUAUCCGUGUUGUUUUUGGAUGUAACGGCAGUCAGACCUGGACCAGACGGUGAUUGUACUUCAUUAAACAUGCUUGUUGAAAAGGCAAACGAGUUACUGGAGUGGAGUGGAGGGAAGAGAGAGUGCCAGGUCGCGUUUAAUUAAAUUAAUCUUGACUUCCGUUGAAUGUUGUACUCCCACUCGGCGUGUCUUUAAACCCUCUGUUGACUGACGGUUCAUAUCGUACAUCGGCUGAAUUUGAUGCAAUAAACUCGGUUCUCCUGAGAGCGUUCAAACAAACACCGGAAAUUACUUACAAAUACUGUUUGGCCCAGGUGAGCUGUCACCUCCUUCUCCUCCUUCUCCUCCUUCUUCUUCUUCCUCCAUUCUGGCUUAACGAAGGAGUUUUAGCACAAACGAGCCCACUGCCCGACUCCUCCUGGAGUCCAUCACACAGUCGAUGUCUUCUCUCGUCUCGUAGUUGCGUUAUAGAUGUCGCGGAGGACAUUGUCGUGACGUUGGAUUGGCUGUUCAUGGGUAUACCUACAUAUAUAUGUCGUCGCCACUGACACGUCAAACAUCACAACAGUCAAACGACACAGCACCCCACCCGAAGCCUUACAGUAAAGAUUGAUUCUUUCGAUUGUUUUUUGAGUUUGUGUAUCUCACUUCAAACACGGUAGGAAGGGACAGCUCCCUUAGCGGAACGAGACAUUGUUGAAGUGCACUUGAUUUUAAAUUGCAAUGUUAUUUUUCUUACCUUGGAGAAGUCCCUUCUUUCUUAUGUUUAAGAAAUAAAUGGCUGAAGUAUAAACGUCU